UCGCGAGUUAACACUUCACUGUCAGGAGAGUGGGGUUAAGACGAGAGGCAAGCAAAGGGCUGAGAUUUGACCAAAGAAAAAACAACCUUAAAACAGGAUUAAAAUGUUGCAGAGGGCGGCCUCCAAUGUGUCGGACAAAGCAAGGAGCAAGCCUAAGCGCUCUACCAGCUUCGGCAAGUUUGAGGGUCUCAGGCAUCACUCGUCGCAAGCCAAGCCAGAGGAGAAUGGAACAACCAUGCUCACGGAAGAAGGUGAGAUCCCGGACCAGCACAAAUCAGCCGGACUUGGGAAGAAGAUGAAGGCAAUCUCACUGACCAUGCGCCGAAAAAUGGGCAAGAAACACGCCAAGACCUUCUCUGAGGAGACGGGUGACGACACAGACAAAGACCCAGAGGCAGAGACGGAGAGUCCGGCUCCAGCUGAGAAAGACUCUGCAAAGACAAGCAACUCCUUAGAGAGUCUCUACAGCGGACAGAGCUCCUCGAGCGGUGUGACCAGUGAGUCCAACGGUUCUGGUCAGAGAGACAGUCUGAGGCUGGAGGAGGACGGCUCCUAUCAGGGAGAGUUCUGCGGCAAAGCUCGCGUCCACACAGACUUCGUUCCGAGCCCUUAUGACACAGAUUCCCUCAAACUCAAGGUGGGGGACAUCAUCAGCAUCAUCAGUAAGCCUCCAAUGGGCAUCUGGACGGGCAUGCUAAACAACAAAGUGGGCAACUUCAAGUUUAUCUACGUGGACAUUGUGGUGGAGAAAGAGGAGGAAGAAGAAGCAGCUCCCAAGAUCAGACAACAGAAGCUGUGCAAAAGACCUCGGCCUAAAACGCUGCUGGAGUUACUGGAGCGACUGAACCUCGAGGAGUACGCCUCUGCCUUGCUGCUGAACGGCUACCAGACGGUGGAGGACCUGUUGCACCUGCAGGAGAAGCACCUGAUCGAGCUGAACGUCAAAGACCCCGAGCACAGACGCAAGCUCCUCGCUGCUGCUGAGUGCCGCUACACAGAAGGUGAUGACGUGAGGGAGGCGGAGGAGCACAAAUCCUCCCACAUCCUACAGGAAGAAGACAGCGAUUGUCCCCGAGACUCAGGCUGCUUCAUCCCCUCUGAAUGUUCAGACAGCAAGGAGGACACAGAGCCGCUCACAGACGCUGUGGAGUCUUAAUGUGUUUCAUUACUUGUCAGAUGGAUAUGAUAACAUUUGGAAUUCAAUUAUCCUUUACUUUUCUCCAAAUGUCAUGUUAAUAACCCUUAUUCCAACAAGGUAGCCACACGUUUUCCUGCCGUCAACGCAUCUUAAAAGUGUGAUAUGUUUAGGACGGACAACCAAUAUUCUAAAUGUCAUCUUAUCCAUUUGUCACUUUGUCAGCUAAUAAUUAAGUUGUAAGAUUUCUUGAAUUUUUUUAAUUUUAUUUUAUGUUUUUGAAAAGGUGACCUUUCAUUGAUCAAAUGUCACAUGUAUUUAUUGCAUUCUAAAUCAUUCAGUGUUUUUUCCAUAUAAAGCCUUUAUUUAUCGCAUCUGCAUCAUUUUGACCUUUAUUCAUCAAAUCCAAUCUCAGUUCAACAUCCAGUGUUAUCUCUUUCCUAUGAAUUAUUGGUGUUAUUGGUGAAUGGAUGUUUCUGUGAUGGGUUUGAACAAUGCAUUUCUAAUAUUGCCUAUGAUCUAUACUGUACAGGAAAACGUGUAUGUUAUUUUUCUGAAUGUGUGUGGAUGUGUGUGGAUAUGAGAACGAGUGAGAGAGAGCCUGUGUGUGCACUCAUGUGAAAGUCAGAUGUCAACUGUUUUCACAACUUUUUGUAAAUAAAAUCAAAGAAAUACAAUUAC